CUAUAGAACAACUGCUUUCCCGUCCUCUAGAGCUGGAUGAAUGGGACACGCUCCCCCCAUCAGCUAACAAAGAGCUCCUCCAGCUACAGGCUGAGCAGCACUGGCAGCUGCUAGAUUAGCUGAUCUCUGCAUCACUUCUCCUGCUCCCCCCUCCAAAACCCUCUCCUCUCUCUCAGCUGCACUCUUGGCUCUCAGCUCUGCUUGUUUAGCAUACAGGUGGGCAUUAUUCCAACACAAAGCACCACCUCUUACCUCUAUGAUUCACUCAACUUCCUCAAAUCUCCCCGACGCUUCAGAGGUUGAGCAGGUGUGGUGGUCCUUUUGAUCGGCGGCAACCAAUCCAGACGCAGGAUUUCCUUUUUAAUUACAGCGGAAAAUCUUGUUGAACGCCUGACGGUUUUCUUUUUGUGUUGCUGCAGAUUUGAAAAAUCCAUUCAGCAGUCACGGCGAGUUUUCAACGAGAAGAUGCCAAUUAGAAGAAUCAACUCAUUGCCACCCCAGCUCCUUGGCUUCAGUCCGGCUCUGAAAGGACAGGAGACGGAUUCCAAUCGCUACGGAAUAUUUGGCCAGCAGCCUCAACAAAUGAAGCCCUCCGUCUCUCAGUUUGACAACAAGGAGAACAUGCCAGAGGAGUUCUUUGAAUUCAAGAAACCAUCCAAGCCCGCGUCUCGGUGUCGCGGGCGCUCCUUCAACGGAGGACAUUUAAAGGACGCCUUCGCCGCCCGUCCUAGCUCUGCUCCAGCUCUCAUGAUCUCUUCUCCUCCGCCGAUCCAGCAGCUUGAAUACGAUUCAAGCCCCAUUUUCCUGAGGCGCUCCUCCCUGACCUCCUCUCUGAACGACGACGAAGACGACGGCUUUUUGGACGUACUCGAUGACGACAUGGUGGAUGACUCUGGGAUGCCAACAGGAAUGGCGAGCUUGCUCACUGCACCGCUUAUGGCUGACAAUACAGGAGAGGACUCUCCCAUCGUCCGGUGUCGGCCACGGAACCUGUUUCGCUCUCCCUCCAUGCCCAGCCCGGUGUCCCGCCCCGCCAUGAAGCGUCCCGACUGCCCUGCAGAUGAAAACACUCCUGUGAGGGUGAAGAGGCGGCGGAGCGUCGCAGGAACACCUUUCACCAAGCUGGACCAAAGUCCAGAAUCUCCAAGAAAGAAUUGUUCGCUGCUCCAGCGGUCCAAGUCCUUCUGUCACACAGAGAUCGAGAAGCUUCUGGACAAGUCGGACGGCUCCAGUGAGCUGAUCGGAGACUUCACUAAGCCUUUCGUUCUUCCAACGGUGGAUGGAAAACAUCAAGACCUCAAGUACAUUACCUCAGAAAUGAUGGUGGCAGCUCUCACCGGCCAGUUUGAUCACCUCGUAGAUCAGGUCAUCGUCAUAGACUGCCGCUACCCCUACGAGUUUGAAGGUGGACACAUCAAAGGGGCUUUGAACCUCCACCAAGAAGACCAAGUGGAGGAUUUCCUCCUCAAGACCCCCAUCAUCCCCUCCUGCCCAGAGAAGCGAGUCGUCAUCGUCUUCCACUGCGAGUUCUCGUCGGAGCGCGGCCCUCGAAUGUGCCGCUUCGUCAGGGAACGGGACCGCGCCGUCAACGUGUAUCCCAAUCUCCACUACCCCGAACUUUACAUCCUCAAGGGCGGAUACAAAGACUUCUUCCCUUUUUUCCAGACCCAGUGUGAGCCCCAGUCCUACCGGCCGAUGCACCACGAAGACUUCAAGGACGACCUGAGGAAAUGCCGCCUGAAAAGUCGAACCUGGGCCGGAGAGCGCAGCAAGCGGGACAUGUACUGCCGCCUGAAGAAAUGGUGACGAGCGCCUCCUCUCAUCCUCCAUCCCAACCUGCCUCUUAGUAUAAAUGGACUCAGCAGGACCUCCCCAUGCAGCCCACCGCCUCAGCCCACCCACUAGAAAGGCCUUUUUUGGAUAACACCAACAGAAAGGGGCUUUUUCUUUUAUUUCCCCCAAUUUGUUUUUUUAAUUUUUAGCAAAUCCACCAAGUUUUGUUUACGUAUUUAUGCUACAUUUCCAGAUGGGGAAAGACUUGAAAGGAAAGAAGCUUCCUCCUUCACAAAAUGCUGAAGUUCUGCAAAGUGACUGUUUUAAGAAAACCACUUGGACCUAUAGCCCAUGUUUACCUGUUGUUGUUUUUCUUUUUCUUUUCAUGUACAUGUAUAGAAAAAUUUGAUUGAUCUGAAGCACAAAUCAGUUACUUUGCAAUAAUACAACUGAACCAAAUGAUAAAUCACGUCUUUUAUUAUUUUCUGUCAUUUUAAGCACUUAAUUUAACACCAUGAGGUGCGUUUUUUUAUACUCCUUUGUAAUGCACAUUGUUUUUAUGGUUUGGCCCUGUUUUUCUUUUCUUUUUUUCUUUUUUUUUUUUUUUUUCAUAUUGUCAUUGUAGCAUCUUGUCCAGAAUUUCCAAAAAUGCUAAUUGGAUUUUGUAAUGGCAUGCAAAAAAGAUGAAGUCAGAUAUUUUCUCUCCUCUCCUUCCUGACCAAUUGCAAUACUUGUUCAUUUUUCUCAGUGAAAAUACCAAAGCAAACCAAACUACCUGUUUUACUGCACUGUUCAAGUUUUUUCUUAUGCUGCAGGUCGGCAAGGUGAAAAGAUCUUUGAUUUGUAUCUUUUUUUUUUUUUUUCUUCUUUUUUUUUUUUGUCUUUGCUGUGACUCCUCAAUUUUCAAAGAUAAAACGGUCUUGCCCCGUUUCUGAACCUGUGAGUGUCAGUCGGGUGGCUUCAGUAUUUUGGUGCAGGCUUGUGGUGGAGCUGCUGAAAUAAAGAUCCUAUAUGAAUUCA